CGGGACUUGCUGCCCAUCUUCCGGUUCCGUGUAUGAGGUCAAAGCCAGGCCGGAGAGCGAAGGGAAAUGGAAUGAAAUCCGGGGGGAAACCGUGAGUUCGGCCACCGAGAGCACAGAGGCCGGAGUGCGGCUCGGAGACACAGUGCCGGCCGGCGGGAGAGAGGUGAGGGCAGCCGCCAUGUCUGUCACCGGGCAGGUUACAUCAUGUUAUCCAUGGAGACACCUCCAUCACCCGGAGGGACAUUCCCCAUCUAAUAAUAUCAAUAUCACCCCGUGUAAUAAUAUCACCCCAUAUAAUAUCACCCCAUAUAAUAUCACCCCAUGUAAUAAUAUCACCCCAUAUAAUAUCACCCCAUGUAAUAUCACCCCAUGUAAUAAUAUCACCCCACAUAAUAAUAUCACCCCAUAUAAUAAUAUCACCCCAUAUAAUAUCACCCCAUGUAAUAAUAUCACCCCACAUAAUAAUAUCACCCCAUAUAAUAAUAUCACCCCAUAUAAUAUCACCCCAUGUAAUAAUAUCACCCCACAUAAUAAUAUCACCCCAUAUAAUAAUAUCACCCCAUAUAAUAUCACCCCAUGUAAUAAUAUCACCCCAUGUAAUAAUAUCACCCCACAUAAUAUCACCCCAUGUAAUAAUAUCACCCCACAUAAUAUCACCCCGUGUAAUAAUAUCACCCCAUGUAAUAAUAUCACCCCACAUAUCACCCCACAUAAUAUCACCCCACAUAAUAUCACCCCACGUAAUAAUAUCACCCCACGUAAUAAUAUCACCCCACGUAAUAAUAUCACCCCACGUAAUAAUAUCACCCCACGUAAUAAUAUCACCCCACGUAAUAAUAUCACCCCACGUAAUAAUAUCACCCCACGUAAUAAUAUCACCCCAUGUAAUAAUAUCACCCCAUGUAAUAAUAUCACCCCAUGUAAUAAUAUCCAUGUAAUAAUAUCACCCCAUGUAAUAAUAUCACCCCAUGUAAUAAUAAUAUCACCCCGUGUAAUAAUAAUAUCACCCCGUGUAAUAAUAAUAUCACCCCGUGUAAUAAUAAUAUCACCCCAUAUAUCACCCCAUAUAUCACCCCAUAUAUCACCCCAUAUAUCAGCCCGUGUAAUAAUAAUAUCACCCCGUGUAAUAAUAAUAUCACCCCGUGUAAUAAUUAUAUCACCGUCACCCCGUGUAAUAUCAAUAUCACUCCAUGUAAUAUCACCCUAUAUAAUAUCAAUAUCAGCCCAUAUAAUAUAAUUACAUCCCACAUAGUAUCACCCUAUAUGAUAUCAAUAUCACCCUAUAUAAUAUCACCCAAUGUAAUAUUCUAAUAUAUAAUAUCAAUAUCACCCCAUGUAAUAUACUGCCUGCCAUUCCCCGUGUGAGAUACUGACACCCCAUGUAAUAUCACCCUAUAUAAUAUACUGACACCCCAUGCAAUAUCACCGUAUAUAAUAUACUGACACCCCAUGUAUUAUCAGUAUCACCCCAUGUAAUAUACUGACACCCCAUGUAAUAUCACCGUAUAUAAUAUACUGACACCCCAUGUAAUAUACUGACAUCCCAUGUAAUAUCGCCCUAUAUAAUAUACUGACACCCCAUGUAAUAUCAGUAUCACCCCAUGUAAUAUACUGAUACCUCAUGUAAUAUCACCCUAUAUAAUAUACUGACACUCCUUGUAAUGUCACCCCAUAUACUAUCACCCCAUGUAAUAUCACCCCGUGUAAUAUCAAUAUCACCCCGUGUAAUAUCACCCCAUGUAAUAUCAAUAUCACCCCAUGUAAUAUCACCCCGUGUAAUAUCACACCAUGUAAUAUCAAUAUAAAUAUCACCCCGUGUAAUAUCACCCCGUGUAAUAUCAAUAUCACCCCGUGUAAUAUCACCCUAUAUAAUAUCAAUAUCAGCCCAUAUAAUUACACCCCACAUGGUAUCACCCUAUAUGAUAUCAAUAUCACCCUAUAUAAUAUCACCCCAUGUAAUAUUCUAAUAUAUAAUAUCAAUAUCACCCCGUGUAAUAUACUGCCCGCCCCUCCAUCACCCGGAGUGCCAUUCCCCGUGUGAGAUACUGACACCCAAUAUAAUAUACUGACACCCAAUGUAACAUCACCCCAUAUAAUAUACUGACACCUCAUGUAAUAUCACCCUAUAAAAUAUACUGACACCCUAUACAAUAUACUGACACCCCAUGUAAUAUCAGUAUCAUCCCAUGUAAUAUACUGAUACCUCAUGUAAUAUCACCCUAUAUGAUAUACUGACACUCCUUGUAAUAUCACCCCACAUAAUAUCAAUAUCACCCUAUAUAAUAUACUGACACCGCGUGUAAUAGCACCCCAUAUAAUAUCACCCUAUAUAAUAUACUCACUGCCCCUCCAUGACCCUGAGUUCCAUUCCCCGUGUGAUAUACUGACACCCCAUAUAAUAUCACCUUAUAUAAUAUACUGACUGCUCCUCCAUCACCCUGAGUGUCAUUCCCGUGUAAUAUCAUACCACCCCAUAUAAUAUACUGACACCCCAUGUAAUACCACCCCAUGUAAUAUACCUACACCCCAUGUAAUAUCACCCUAUAUAAUAUACUGACACCCCGUGUAAUAUCACCCUAUGUAAUAUACUGACUGCCCCUCCAUCACCCUGAGUGCCAUUCCCCAUGUAAUAUCACCCUGUAUAAUAUACUGACACCCUGUGUAAGAUGUACUGACACCCUAUAUAAUAUACAGACACCCCGUGUAAUAUCACCCUAUAUAAUAUACAGACACCCCGUGUAAUAUCACCCUAUAUAAGAUACUGAUACCCCAUGUAAUAUAUACUGACACCCUAUAUAAUAUACAGACACCCCGUGUAUUAUUAUUAUUAUUAUUAUUAUUAUUAUUAUUAUUAUUAUUAUUAUUAUUGCCAUUUAUAUAGCGCCAACAGAUUCCGUAGCGCUUUACAAUAUUAUGAGAGGGGAUUUAACUAUAAAUAGGACAAUUACAAAUAAACUUACAGGAACAAUAGGUUGAAGAGGACCCUGCUCAAUCGAGCUUACAUUCUAUAGGAGGUGGGGUGUAAAACACAUUAGGACAGGAAUUUGCAAUCAAAUAAGGUGGGCUGCCCUUUAGGAGAGGGCAAGAGAUGGGUAUGUGAGGUAGGGGUUAGUCUUGGAGGCCAUAAGCUUUCCUAAAGAGAUGGGUUUUAAGGCACUUCUUAAAAGAUGCAAGACUAGGGGAGAGUCUGAUGGCGGGAGGCAGGCUAUUCCAUAGGAAGGGAGCCGCCCGCGAGAAGUCCUGCAAGCGCGAGUUGGCCGUACGGGUGCAGACAGGAGGUGGUCACGGAGAGCGGAGAGACCGAGAAGGGACAUACCUGUGGAUCUGUGAGGAGAUAUAAGAGGGGCUAGAGUUGUUCAGUGCUUUAUAGGUGUGAGUUAGUGCCUUGAAUUGACUCCUAUAGCACACAGGAAGCCAAUGUAAGGACUGGCAGAGGGGUGAGGUGUGAGAGAACCGACUAGAGAGGAAAAUCAGUCUAGCAGCAGCGUUCAUUACAGACUGUAGGGGUGCAGUACGGCUUUUGGGAAGACCAAGCAGGAGAGGGUUAAAAUAAUCCAUGCGUGAAAUUAUUAGAGCAUGGACAAGCUCCUUGGUAGUAUCUGGUGCAAGAAAGGGGCGGAUGCGGGCUAUGUUUUUAAGAUGGAAUUUACAGGAUUUGGCAACAUGCUGGAUGUGAGGCUCAAAGGUGAGACCAGAGUCAAGUAUGACGCCAAGACAGCGCACUUGCAAGGAUGGGCUGAUGUUGGUACCACAAACUUGAAGGGAGAGCGAAAGAGGAGGAUCAGUAUUAGGAGGAGGAGGAAAGACAAGGAGCUCAGUUUUUGAGAGAUUGAGUUUCAGAAAGCGGGAGGACAUCCAGUCAGAGAUGGAAGAAAGGCAAGCAGUGACACGUUGCUGGACAGCAGGGGAGAGGUCUGGGGAGGAGAGAUAUAGCUGGGUGUCAUCAGCGUACAGGUGUUAGUGGAAUCCAAAUGAGGUAAUAAGUUUGCCAAGAGAGGCAGUAUAAAGAGAAAAUAGGAAGGGACCAAGGACGGAGCCUUGGGGGACUCCAACCGAGACAGGGUGAGGGGAGGAGGUAUCAUUAGAAAAAGAGACACUGAAUGAGCUUUGGGAGAGAUAAGAGGAAAACCACGAGAGGACAGAGUCACAGAGACCAAGCGAUUGCAGAGUUUGAAGAAGGAGAGCAUGAUCAACGGUGUCAAAGGCCGCUGAGAGGUCAAGAAGAAUUAGUAUGGAGUAGUGGCCUUUGGAUUUAGCUGCGAUUAGGUCGUUAGUAACUUUGAUAAGGGCAGUCUCUGUAGAGUGGAGAGGGCGGAAGCCAGAUUGAAGGGGGUCAAGGAGAGAGUUGGAAUUGAGGAAAUGAGACACACGGGUAAAGACGAGUCUUUCCAGAAGCUUUGAGGAAAAAGGGAGCAGGGAUAUAGGACGGUAGUAAGAGGGGGUGGACGGGUUUAAGGAUGCUUUUUUUUAGUAUAGGUACUACAGUGGCAUGUUUAAGGUCAGCAGGGACGAUGCCAGAAGAGAGCGAGCAGUUGAAGAUGUGUGUUAGAGAAGGCACGAGACAAGUGGAGAGAGAUCUGAUGAGGUGAGAUGGGACCGGAUCGAGCGGGCAAGUGGUGGGGCGAGAGGAGCAAAGAAGAGCAACCACCUCUUGGUCAGUGGCUGGGGAGAAUGUCUGAAGGGUAGGAAAGGCAUGAUCAAUGUGUGCUUGAGAAACAGAAAGGCAAGGAGGGGAGAAUUCUUUCCUUAGCUGUUCAAUUUUGUCAGUGAAGUAACAUGCAAAGUUAUCAGCAGUAAGGUUGGUUUGGGGGGUGGCCACAGCGGGGCGAAGAAUAGAAUUAAAGGUGUCAAAGAGACGCCUGGGGUUGCGGGAACAUGAACUAAUGAGAGAGGAAAAGUAGGACUGUUUGGCAAGGGCUGCACUGUAUGAACACAGUAUGAAUCUAUAAUGGAGAAAGUCUGACUGGGUGCGAGACUUCCUCCAGGAGCAUUCAGCACAACGGGAGCAUCUUUGCAGGUAGCGCGUUGAUUUAGUAUGCCAUGGUUGGGGGCGGGUCCUCCUUGAGGUGCUUGUUUGGAGUGGUGCUGCAGUGUUCAAGGCAGAUGUAAGAGUAGAGUUAUAUAUGGAGAUGGCCAGUGAAGGACAGGAUAGGGAAGGGAUGGACAGCAGUUGUGAAUCAAUGUCAGCUGACAACUGUUGGAGAUCAAGAGAAUUAAGGUCCCUCCUGAGUUGAGGCUGGUUAGGCGGAGGUUGUUGGGUGAGUGGGUACGUGAGAGCAAACGAUAAGAGGUGGUGAUCAGAGAGUGGAUAAGGAGUGUUGCAGAUAUUAGAUACCGUACAUGCAUAAGUGAAGAUUAGGUCAAGGGUAUUGCCAGCUACAUGGGUGGGAGAAUUUGCCCACUGUGAUAGCCCGAGGGAGGAAGUAAUUGAAAGUAGUUUAUUGGCUGCAGAGGUCAAAGGUGGGUUUAUAGGAAUAUUGAAGUCCCCGAGAAUUAGGGAUGGGAUGCUAGAAGAGAGGAAAUAGGGUAGCCAGGCAGCAAAAUGGUCAAGGAAGAGAAGAGGAGAACCAGGGGAACGGUAAAUAACAGCAAUGUUAGCAGCGAAGGGUUUGAAAAGGCGUAUUGAGUGUAAUUCAAAUGACGGGAAAGAGAGGGAAGGGGGGGUGGGAAGAGGUUUAAAAGAGCAGUGAGGGGAGAGGAGAAACCCAACACCACCACCUUUACAUUCAGAGUUUCUUGGGGUGUGGGUAAGUUGGAGACCACCGAAGGACAAAGAUGCAGGGGUGGCAGUGUCAGAGGGGGAGAGCCAGGUUUCUGUUAAGGCUAGUAAAUCUAUUGAACGAGAGAUGAAGUAGUCAUGGACAGCAGUGGAUUUAGUUAUAUUGCAAACAGAGCGUGCGUUCCAGAGGGCAAUAUUAAAGGAGGAUUCAGAGGAACAAGAGAUGGGUAUGAGAUUAGUGUGGAUCCUUGGGUUAGUAUGUGCUGAGUUUGUUGAGAGGGGACCGGGGUUUGGAGAGACAUCACCAGCUGCUAGGAGCAGAAGGAUCGAAAGGAAGUGAAGGUGGGAGUAGGAUUUGAAAGUUUUGUAGGAGGGUAUGUAUGUAGAGGAUUUGGAACGAGUCGGUGGAGAUAGGCUGGAAAGGUAUGUGUAGAGUGCAUGGGAUGAAUAGAGAGGGGAGGGGAGUAAGGUGGAAGUGAUGAUGAUGGUGUUGCCAGGGACAGGUGAGUGAAAGGAUAGGGAUAUUUUAGUAAUGACAGAAGUUAGUGUUAAAGUGAAAAAUAGGAGGCCCAGUCUCUGCUCUGAAGAUUCAGCAGGACUUGGUUGCUUGGGAGUGCUGGGUGUUAAUGCUGUUUUAAGUGUAAUAUCACCCUAUAUAAUAUACAGACACCCCGUGUGAUAUCCCCUUAUAUAAUAUACUGAUACCCCAUGUAAUAUAUACUGACACCCUAUAUAAUAUACAGACACCCCGUGUGAUAUCCCCUUAUAUAAUAUACUCACACCCCGUGUGAUAUCCCCUUAUAUCAUAUACUCACACCCUGUGUGAUAUCCCCUUAUAUAAUAUACUCACACCUCGUGUGAUAUCCCCUUAUAUCAUAUACUCACACCCUGUGUGAUAUCCCCUUAUAUAAUAUACUCACACCCCGUGUGAUAUCCCCUUAUAUCAUAUACUCACACCCUGUGUGAUAUCCCCUUAUAUAAUAUACUCACACCCCGUGUGAUAUCCCCUUAUAUCAUAUACUCACACCCUGUGUGAUAUCCCCUUAUAUAAUAUACUCACACCUCGUGUGAUAUUCAGACACCCCAUGUAAUAUCUCCUUAUUUUAUAUACUCACACCCCGUGUGAUAUCCCAUUAUAUAAUAUACUGAUUGCCUCUCCAUCACCCUGCAUGGUAUUCUGUGUAAUAUCUAUCACAAAAGUAAUAUCACACCCGGCAACAUACAGACUCUAUAUAAUAUCAUCUGUAUAACAGAUAGCUGCACACCUUGUGUAAAAUACUGCAUGUACAGACAGUGAUUCUCCAUAUUAGACUGCUUCACCUUGUAUAAUACAUUGGCAAGCAUCAGCGGUGUGUAAUCGUGUUCUGUAUAUGGACACCUCCAUAAUACCCCACAUCACCCUAAAUAUAAUGUAUUUACCUGCUAAAUGUUUCCUUGUUCUGUAUAGAAACGUCACCACAUGGAAGUCUUUGGAGAAUUCUAUUACUCUGUCACUUCCAGCCACUGCAGUAGAUAACGGUGGCAAUGAGCACCUGUCCAUCCAGAAAACUUUGGAACUUAUUCUCAAGUUGCCAGUGUCCUGCCUUUUAAUUUUAUGCACUAAUUUCUAGCUUUUUUCUUUCUUUGUAGAUUACCCUUAUUUGUGUUUGAACAUGGGCCCCAGGAAGUUACGCUUGCUCUGGCAGUUUCUGCUCUUUCUUGUGUUGGCUCUGAAGAUUCUAUCAGCCGCAGAUUUCGACCCAUAUCGCAUUCUGGGCCUCAGCCGGACAGCAAGCCAAGUGGACAUUAAAAAGGCUUACAAGAAGCUUGCCAGAGAAUGGUAGGUUUGUUGGCAGCUGGUCUUUUCUGUUGUCAGGUGAGCUGCGGUAGCUUACAGUUUAUUCUGCGUUUUUUUUCCUAGCAUAUACUGGCGGUAAGAGAGGGAUGUUCUUACUUAAGGUAAACAAGUAGUCGCUAUAUUUAAAUGAGCACCUGUCCAUCCAGAAAAUUACAGAGACCACCCACCUUUUCAUACGUUAAAUAACUGCAAGCAGCCCCACAGCGUGCAGGAUGGGAAUUAGGAUGGUGAGGUGCAUGGUUUACAUCCUGGGAAGCCUGGCAAAAGUUACUCUGCAAGUCUGGCAGCUCUUUUUUUAAUUAUUAUUUUAUGGCACGUAGGGAAUUCACAAGUCGCUAGAGUCGGCCCUGGGAGGCACGCCUAUGAUUGAGCAGACAUGGAGUACACAUGGCGAGUACAAAUGCUGAGGUGGCGUUUGCGUUUCACCCAAAAAAGUGCGCUACUGCACUUGCACAAUUGGAAUUCAAUUUAUGGCUCCAAAUUUUAGGAGCCUGUUUAGGCAAUGUACACCUGUCUGACAGCAAAGGUUGCAGGGAUUUCGUGGCAACAGCCUCCUCACACGGUCCUGAAGUCUUUAACCCCUUAAGGACACAUGACCUGUGUGACAUGUCAUGAUUCCCUUUUAUUCCAGAAGUUUGGUUCUUAAGGGGUUAUGGUAAGGAAAAUUCCUUUUCUUUUACCGUAAAGGGACACUAUAGUAUCCAAAACACCUUUUAGUUUAAUGAAACCGUUUUGGUGUAUAGAUCAUGCCCCUGCAGUCUCACUGCGCAAUUCUCUGCCAUUUCUGAGUUAAAUCACUUUGUUUAUGCAGCUCUAGUCACACCUGCCUGCAUGUGACUUAUGCAGCCAUCCUAAACACUUCCUAUAAAGAGUGAUCUAAUGGUUACACUUCCUUUAUAGCAAAUUCUGUUUAAUUUUGAAGUUCUUGUCUCCUACUUUAAUAGCCAUGUAGACCCUGUAGGAACCUACAGAACUUCUAAAGCAAGUUGUUGUCUGAAAGAAAAUUAAACCAUUUUUGUUUUUCAUGCAGGCUGUGUCGGUCACAGCCAUGGAAGGUGGCUAGGGCUGCAUAAACAGAAACAAAGUGAUUUAAAGUCUAAAUAUUAUUUAUUCAGUAUUGAAUAUGUCACCCCAUGCUAGACGGCUGUAAGAAUAAGAUUUGUAACCAAUGCUCAGCAGAAUCCUUUCAAAGAGCUAAACCAAAGGUGAUGCAUGUUUUUUUUUUUUUUUUUUAACUGGUUCCAUGAAAACCUCUCCCAGACUGAAGCAUUUAAAGAAGCAACCACUAAAUACAGAGAUUCUACAUCUGUCCGUGACAGAGCCGUUGAAGGAAAGAACAGGCAGUUCUUUUCAUCUUCUGACUUGUCGUCAUGUGUAUUGCUCACAUUCAUUUUGGUUGGAUGCUGGCCAGGAGUGGACUUCUGAUUCUGGCUUGUUAAAGAGGUGGUAGUUGCUGUGGGUUAAGGUUAAACUCUAUUGGAAAAAAAGGAAGUGUUUCCCAGUUCAUCCAAGAUAUUCAGGCCUCAUGAUCAGGAAUGGAAAAACCUGGAGAAGAAAUCCAGGCUUUUCAAACUGAUCUUCAAAUUACAAGAUUCUGUUGACUGGGAAGGAUUGUCAAAGGUUGAUGUACACGUUGCACAGUUAUCCACAAAAGCCACCAUUCCAAGUGGACAAGCGAAGGGACACUCCCUGCAGGAGAACUUUUCAAACAUCACCCUUCCAAGGUAAAGCCAACAUUGGCGUCAGUAGCCAGAGCUCAGAGGCUACAAUCUCUGGAAGAUUUGUCUCCUAGAAGGAACGGACAAAUAACCGAAUCAUCUCUUGAAAAACAUGAAUUAUGUGACAUGACAGGAGAACAUCUGAAACUGUCAGCUCGGAUCAUGGAUCUAUCAUCUGUGAGAGCAAUCUGGCUAAAAUCCUGGACUGCAGAUACAGCUUCUAAAGGCACACAUUGUUUGUUCCUCUGUUGGAAGAACUGAUUAAGCAAAUGUCUGACACAAAGAAUGCUAUUCCUCAAGAAAAGAGGCCAACGGAACAGACUGUUCUUUCCACACACACAAGAUCUUACAGAUAUAAUGGUCAGAUUUACAUCUUCCAUAGGCAACUGCAGAAUAUCAGGUCCAUUGAUGAACAGUCUCAUAACAGGCAACAUAAAAGGAGACCAUUAUGAUGCCAGACAAAGAAUGGGGAGAAGAUUGCAAGCGUUCAUUCAGCAAUGGGAUCAGAUCACUUAAUACCCUUGGGUGUUGGACACUGUUGCAAAUGGGUACAAAAGUUUCCUUCUUUCCUGUUCCUUUGUUCAACUUACAGUUCUUAAGUGAAGACCAAGGAUAUUUAACAAGCUUCUUUUACCUCUGGCCACUGGGCCCAGAGACCAAUGACUUUCAGUCGUCCCUUAUUUAGACGAUUGGUUUCUCAAAUCUGUGGUCUGUCUCUUUCCACUCGUGUAAAAGCUCAUUUCACAAGAGUUAUUGCUACUUCAUGGGCAGCAAGGGCAUUCUCCUGAGGACAUCUGUAAGGCGGCGACUUGGACAUCAGUCAGUACCUUCAUCCGUCAUUACAGGCUGCAUAUCUUUUUGUCGCCAGAAGCUGCUUUUCUUCUGCUGUAUCCUGACGUCCCACCCAGUUUGGGAUGUAGCUGUAUCCCUCCGGUAUUAACGCUAUACCAGGAGAAACAGACAUUUUACUUACAGUAUUAGUAUAACGGCAGUACAUAUCCCCCUUCUAAUAAAGUAUUUUAAAUUUUUUUCAGUAUCUGGUCUCUUGGUUCUUCUUGCUAUUACUGAUGCUGCGGGCUACUUGUGGUUAUUUAAGGAAUGUGCGGGUGGGGUUUCUUUUUGUAAAUUACAUAUUUAAUUAUAGAGGCUUGUCGUCCACCUUAACGAAGAACAUUCCUCUUAUACUGCCACUAUACUAAAGAAAAAAUAAUUUGCUGUACGUUUUCAAGAUGUUUAAACAGAACUUGGCCAAACCAUUUUGGACAUUUAACCUCUACCGUAAAACUAGUAGUGUCCUAUUCUAGUCUAUGGACUUAGUCUAUCCACCUGCAGUAAUCUGUGGCUUUAUAUGUUGCUAUGAGCGUGGAAUCCUUUCUAAUGGCAGCAGAGUCAAUAAAGCUGGGACAUGGUCUGCUGGAUGCAUGCACUGCACUAAACUCACGGAGUGUGAUUGGUAGAAGGAAAGUGGGGUAAAUGGCAAUUAUAGAUCUUUGGCCACGGCAUAGUUUCUUCUAAAUGUUAAUGGUGUCCAACUGACGGUUCUGUCUUUUUCUUCUCUUUCAGGCAUCCAGAUAAAAACAAAAAUCCUGGAGCAGAGGACAAAUUCAUCCAGAUCAGCAAGGCCUACGAGGUACAACACGCUCUCAAUGCACCCAGUUCUUAAACGCAAACUACAAAGAAACAUCCUAAGCCAGAACACUAAGAAGCUAGGAAAUGGUUAGGUUGAAUUUUUAAGCUACAGCAAUGGCGUGGCUGUGGUGGUGUGUGUGCACACCUUUAUUUACUCACACAAUACCAGAUGUGAUCCCACGGUUACUCUCGCAGUGCAUUGUGGGAGCCCACAGCCUAGACCUGGGUAUGAGCAUCAGGCUGAUGUUAUAGGUUAGCUAAUACUGCAGGGGGAUUUAUCAAGGAAAUAUGAAAUGGGGGCACAGAAUCUGUUGCAUUUGGAAAAGUGUUGUCUGCCUUCUUUGUACAUUGUGACAGUUUUUUUUACACCUCCGUGGUUCUGUAUUAUCACUUUUUAUACGUGGCCUAAAAGAACCCCGGAAAAUCGAAUACUUUACUGGACGCAAAACGAUGCCUAAAAUAUUUAAUCUCUUUCAGUUUUUCAAAAAGUGGAGCAGUCUCCAUGGAAACCAAUGAUAUUUUCUGCAGUUUGCUCCACAUUUUAUAAUUUUGCAGCAGAAUUGACCUUUAGACAGAUUAAGGUUUCCUACUUGCCCAAAGUGUAUCUGUUCUAAAAUAACUUAUGGGUUUUCUCCACAUACAGUGCUGAGGUGGCUGUGGUGGUUCUGGUGUUUAAAGAGUCGAUGCAAUAACAAUGACAUUAUAUGAAUUUGUGAGAGAGUAUUUUUUUAAAACAAUUUUCCCUAAAUGCUGAAUGCCUCAGUUUGCUUCCUCUAAAUCUGUGUGAUGUUGGAAGUGAGUCCUCUAACCCUCUCCCUUUUUAGAUCCUCUCCAGUGAAGAGAAAAGAAGUAACUAUGACAGAUAUGGAGACGCGGGCGAGAAUCAGGGCUAUUCACAGCAGCAGCAGCAUCAUCACUUCCGGCAUUUUCACGACAGCUUCUACUUCGACGAGUCCUUUUUCCACUUUCCCUUUAACUCCGAACGCAGAGACUCCACUGAUGAGAAAUACCUCCUCCAAUUCUCGCACUACAUUAAUGAGGUGGUCCCAGACAGCUUCCGCAAGCCCUAUCUCAUCAAGAUCACCUCAGACUGGUGUUUCAGCUGCAUUCACAUCGAGCCCGUAUGGAAGGAGGUGGUUCAGGAGUUGGAGGGAAUUGGUAAGCAACUUUGAUUUACCUUCUGAAAUACUUUGCAGAAACAGGCAAAAAGCCAAAUGGCUGCUGAAUAUUAUUUUAUUAUCCCCACUUACCCUUGUUCCUGACAGUGUAAUAAAACAUGGGAGUUUAAUGUGCCCCACUGCCGAGACAAGAACAUAAUAUGGCUGCAAUUUAAAGAUGGUCUUUAAAUCGCAGAGAUUCUUCUCCAGCUCUCCAUCUGUAAUAACGGAGUUUGCAUGAUUAGUCCUUCCAGCAGGUUAUUCUGCUCCUCUGGUGACCAUUAGCUGUUCAUGGCAGAUUGAAGAGGAUGAGCACAGGUCAGAAGGCACAGCUAGGCAUAUCCAUGCUGCUUUAUAAUAACCUUUCACGGAAAUUCUCUAACCUAUUAAAUACUGGAAAAAGCACAACGGAUACAGUUCAUAAAACAAAAAUCUUAUUUUAACCAUUUGUUUCAGACUUAAGAUUCGUGUUUUGAUUUACAGUAUAAUGUUUAUUUAGAUUCUACAGUGAUUAUUACUUUCCAUCAUAUAAACUAACUCUAAUGGGAACAUCUAGGGAAAACCAAAUGCAUUUAGAGGUUGUUUUGUUUAAUAUGGCUUUGGCUAUGUGCGGUGAUGCAAGUCGCUGUUUAUUAUUGCUAUGUGAAGUUCUAUUUAUCAUUGAACUGGAUAUGAUAGUCUAUAAUACGUACUUACAUCACCAUGCUGAUUCACUGUGCAGAGAGUUUUCAGUAUUGUUGCAGAUGUCCAGGGGUCAGACGGAUCCAUUAUUCAACUACGACCCUGGAGUUUUGCUUAAAGGACCACUAUAGGCACCCAGACCACUUCAGCUCAAUGAAGUGGUCUGGGUUCCACGUCCCUCUAGUGUUAACCCUGCAGCUGAAAACAUAGCAGUUUCAGAGAAACUGCUAUCGUUCACUGAGGGUUAAUGCAGUCUCACUGACAGCCGCUAGAGGCGCUUCCGUACCUCUCACUGUGAAAAUCACAGUGAGAAGACCCUGAAAAUCACAGUGAGAAGACGCUGAAAAUCACAGUGAGAAGACCCUGACGUCCAUAGCAAAACAUUGAGAAAUGCUUUCAUAUGGGCUGUUUGAAUGCGCGCACGACUCUGAUGUCGGCAGGAGGAGGAGAGAUCACCAGCACAGAGGGAGCCCGGCACUGGAUAAAGGUAAGUGGCUGAAGGGGUUUUAACACCUUCAGCCCAGCGGGAGGGGCGCCCUGAGAGUGGGGGGGACCUAAUGACCCUAUUGUGCCAGGAAAACGAGUUUGUUUUCCUGGCAAUAUAGUGCUCCUUUAAUUGUUUGUUUAUUUUUUAGCCAGUAUUUGAAAUGCAACCCUAGGUAAAUACAGUAACUUUGCUUCUGUAAUAUGUAAGUUAAUUAAAUAUGGUUCAGCAAUUGCAAACAGAGAGAUCUAUUACUGCUGUGACCUUUAAUCUUCCAUGAUUUGCUGUGCACUGGCUGUCACAGAGGCGGUUAGUAAAUUGGCGUUACUUGCUCCUGUAAGUGGAGGCUGUACAUCUGUUUCCUGUUUUAGGUGUUGGCAUUGGUGUGGUCCACGCAGGAUACGAGCGACGUCUGGCCCACCAUCUUGGGGCACACAGUACACCGUCCAUUUUAGGAGUGAUUAAUGGCAAAAUCUCAUUCUUUCACAAUGCUGUGCUUCGGGAAAACCUGCGGCACUUCGUAGAGAGUCUCCUCCCAGGAAACCUGGUGGACAAGGUGAGGCCGGUACCAGGAAACUGACUGGGGCAGACAAUGCCAGCUGUUGUAAUGUAUUUCCUUACAAUAUGUGUGUUUUAUUUCAUCUCUUGUCUUUAUUCAGAUAACAGAUAAAAAUUACAUUCGGUUCUUAUCCAACUGGCAGCAGGAGAAUAAGCCUCACGUGUUGCUUUUUGAUCAAAUGCCGCCGGUUCCGUUAAUUUACAAGGUAAGACGAUCCCACUCCGUUCCUUUAUUAGUGGCGUCCACAAAACGUGCCUCAGUGUGGAUUCCCAUCUUAUCAUUGCCGAAAUGAAAGUGCUGCUUCUGCUUUCUUACAAAUAGCUUGUUGUGGCAUUUCAUAUAGUGUUCUAAAAUAUGACCAUGCCAGGUUUUUUACUAAAAUUAUUUUCAAAUUUUAGAACCGAGUAGCCGAACUGAAAGCGUUGCUGAAUUUUCCCAGUUUUGCUCUUUUUUUUGCUAGUUUUGCUAAUUUGAUAUUCAGUUUAAAUUUUCACUAGUGAACUCCCCUCACAUUUAGAUUUUGUGCUCGCCAUUUGUUACAACACAUCACUGUGGGACCAUGCAGACAGCAGAAUGACUUCAUGUCAUAGUUUCUGUAUAUUUGAUACUGAUUUUAAUCAUACAUUCCAAAUCUGUGCAUUUAAAUUUGUUUUGUUUUUCUUAUCUUAAUCUAUCUCUACUUUCAGCACAGAUUUUAGGGAAAUGAUUUGCCAGUUCUCUGGCAUUGAAUAGGAUAUUAACAGCAGGUGUCAGAUGUUUUAAUCUAAAUGUCCCUACCCAACACCCUAUGGCUGGGCUUUAGUAAUUGCUUAAGUUUUGGAUGCUCUCCACAGAUUUGGCACAAUAUUAGGGAAUGACCCACUGCAAUGCCUGAACUGUCUGCAUUCGGUGAUUUGUCUUACUUCUGCUUUCAGUUAACCGCCUUUGCAUAUAAAGACUAUUUGUCGUUUGGUUACGUGGAUUUGGGACAGAGGGAGGCCGAGCAGAUGAGCAGCCAGUAUAAUAUCAAUAUGUAUUCCCCAACCAUGCUGGUGUUUAAAGAACACAUCCAUAAACCGGCGGACGUUGUCCAGGUAAGCAGAGUUCUCUUUAGUAAGUUUCCGAAAUCAUAUGCAUGCCUGAGAUUGUGUGAUCUGAAUCUUCAGCAGCUCUUAGUCAUAUUUUCUGUGAGCUUUCAUCAAGUCUGCUGUCUCUGGAGCACACAAAGGCUUCUGCGAGGUAGAAAAAAAGAUAAUAUAUAUAUAUAUAUAUAUAUAUAUAAUUUCCUGUUGAAAUGUGCCUUUUUAACCCCUUAAGGACACGUGACAUGUCAUGAUUCCCUUUUAUUCCAGAAGCUUGGUCCUUAAGGGGUUAAAGUUCUGCAUUUUAUUGAUGAUUUUUGGGGGCAGAAUUUAACUUAGAGGCAGAAAGACAAUGAUGGAAUUUUAAUACAGACUUUUUUAGAAGGGGCUCUAAUCGUAAAUUGUUCUUUACUUGUCUGCACGUUGAAAUGUUAACUUCUGUGAAAUUUCUAGCUUUCAUCUUUUGGCAAUUUUAAAGAAUUCUUUCUGGUUGCAGGCCCGAGGAAUGAAGAAGCAGGUCAUCGAUGAUUUCAUUUCUACUAAUAAAUUCCUGAUGGCUUCAAGGCUGACCAAUCAGAAGCUGUUUCAGGAGCUGUGCCCAGUAAGGAAGUCACACCGCCAACGCAAGUACGUGUCACUGUAUUCAACCUGCAACACUGGGGGAUGGAGUUUUUAUCCAAUUUAGAAAUGUAGCAGUUUAGACGUAAAAUGUAUUUAAUGAUUCAACAAUAACUGAACCUUCAAGGGUAAAUUUGCUUUAUCUUUUAACAUACAUGCAGUUUUUCAUUACCUAUUGCACCAAGUAAUAUCUGGUACCAGUCCUCCUGAAAUUACUGUGUGCUAUUAUUCUUAUAAUGAACAAAUGGUGGUUAAUAUGGGUGUUAGGACCCAUAUUACAAGAGAUUAGGUCCUGAUAAAAUACUGGCUAAGCAUCAUGGGAAUUGUAGUUCACAAACCUCUCUAGUCCCCAGGAAGCAGUGGCUGGUGAGGUAUAUUGAAAUGUGGCAUUUUGCGUGCCUUGUGCUUGUUCUGACUACUUGACAUUAUUUGCAGGUACUGUGUCACGUUGCUGACCGGCGAAGGAGACAAGUUCCAGAAAGCCUACGAGUCUUUCUUGGCGUUUGCUUCAGCCAACACGAAGGACACUUUGAGAUUUGUUCACGUAUUCAAAGACCGGCAGAGAGAAUUGACUAGCGCACUACUAACAGAAGAGGAUAAACACCCUGACAAGUCCUCUGUAAGUAUUUACUGUAACGUCUUAAGACUCAGUUUGUAUGAUUUUAGGUUCAGUGGACUUAAGUAACUCUGCCUUGCUAGACACAGGAUUUCUCUUCGAUCCUGCACCAAUUACAAAAUCCAUUGUAUAAAAGCCACUGAAACUGAGAAAUUCGAGUCCUUUAGUUGCAAGGUAGUGGUUGAGGGUCAUUCGUUACUGUGCAAAGAGCUCACGGUCUCCUGCCUUCCUGAAUAAAGCUACUCAGUGACAUUCUUUGCUGGCACUAGAUGCAGGCAGUAUACAUAUUGGAAAUCAUUCUCGGACACUCGUUUGUUGCUGCAAGAGUUUCAGAUUUUACAAAAAUGGGAGAAAGAUGUGAAUUUCAAAGUAAUCUGAAAGCACUGCUGACUUAGAGAAUUGUUCGAGUUCGGCUAUCUUUUCACCUUAAAGGAACGCUCCAGAGCUUGCUGAAAAGCUUUGUGUCUUCUGUUUUUAGAUAUAACUAUAAUGAAAAAUGCAUAAUUAAAUGCAUUCAAGUUUGUAUUUGGGGUAUAUCUACUAUAACAAUGAUUUUUUUUUCUUUUGCAUUUGGGCAGUGGGGUGUCCCUUUAAAUUUGAAACUCCCCUUAAAUUGUCACUUUGAAUAACCCUGUGCGUGUGCGUACCAUUUUUCACCUGUAGGUGGCAAUAUUGGAAAGGAGAAACUCUGCCGGGCGGAUUGUGUAUAAAACAUUGCUGAAGAUAUGGAGUGGGAGUGAGGAAAAUAAAUUUGCGCUGCUCGACUUUCUGGACCGGUUACGAAAAGACCCGAGUGUCUUGUCCUCCGAAAUCAUCCUGAGUGAUCUGAAUGAUGAGCUUGCUCCUGUAAGUCAUUUUUCGAGUAUUUUACAGUUUUAACAGGUGUUAACGUGUCGUCAUUGCAAUCUAAUCAAUGUAUCGAUUUUUAAUUGUAUUAUCUCUCUCUUUAUUGUAGGUGUUUUUUCUGCGCUGGUUCUACACAGCAGUAGAUUACUGGGCUGAUGUUUGGGAGAGCGUUUUACAUAAUAAUUGGUUUGUACCUCACUGCCUAAGGUUCUCUGUUACAUUUAGUAAAUCAUAUUAACUUCGAGCUGCUGUGCCCAGUACAUUUUGAUAUCUGGAAAGAUUUCUUGUAUUGUGUUUCUCUUUUGUGAGGCCGGCCGUGUUUAGCAGUCUCUGAGUCACAGGUUUGAUUCCUGACGGGAUAAGUUUAGUCCUUCAUCCUUCUGAGGACAAUAAAAUGCGUUUCAUGACGAUGAGAAAUAAUACCAUCCAGAUCAGGAAUAGGCAACCUUCAACACUCCAUGUGUUGUGCACUAUAUCUCCCCUCCCCCAAUGCUUUGCCAGCAUUAUGACCGCUGUAGUCCACAACUUCAACUUUUGGAGUGCCAAAGGUUGCCCUAAUAAAGACCAUGGGGCAUACUUGUUAACUAGGGAAAGACAAACUGUACGUUUCCUGGUUUAAUAUUUUAUUAUUACUAUUGCAUAAAAUUCAUUUCCUUUCUAUAAAAAUAAUAAAACUAUUGCUUAAUAUUAUUGUAUGACUUCUCUUAUGCAGAUGUUUUAGAUUGAUAUCUAGAGCAGCAAAUCCUGUGAAGAAUAUAAGAGAUGGUUGUCAGUCAGAUAACCGGUCCUGUUACUUCCUGGUUUGGUUAGCUCAGUGGUACUAAAAUCAAGAGGCAGCAAUUACCCAGAGCACCUGCCUUGUAAUGACUUCUCAUUGAGCUGCACUGGGAAGGCUGUGAUUGGACAGCCACAGAAAGUCUGUGCGGGGUUAGAAGGGGAGGGCUUGUAAAGGGUACAGACAAAAGAACUGCAGCAUUUACAAGUUUGUUUGUUUUUUGUUUGUUUGUUUUUUUUUUUGUUUUUUUAGAUAUACCCCUAUGGGAAAAUGCAUCAUUAACCUUUUCAUUGUGGGGUAUAUAUACUAAACUGUGAUUAUUUCUUGCAUUUUGGCAUUGGAGUAUCCCUUUAAUACACACUGUACCUGUGAGGCUGAUGUUUGGUGCAGAAUCCUGCAGUCCACACGUUGUGUAUUCCAAGUCCAGCACAGCGACCUUUCUUUUGUUGUGGUUGUUACACCUUUAUCACAGGAAGAUUCUUGUUUGGAAGAGGUUUAGUCCGAAUUUGCCAGGGUUUAUUUGUGGGUGACGGAUGGGUUUUCUGUUGCAGGAGAGAGAUGAUGCCACUGCUGUCCCUGAUCUUCUCCGCACUUUUUAUCCUCUUUGGGACGGUUAUAGUUCAGGCUUUCAGGUAACAAGCCGCAAGGUUUUUCAUUUUUUAGAAGUACAAAUUCAGAAAUGCUUGUUCCUGCAGAUGCUUAUUCUGCUUUUCCUUUUAGUGACUCGAGUGAUGAGAGAGAUUCGGUUCCUUCUGAAAAAGAUGAGCCAAGUGACAAGGAGAAAAGCACAGACACAAAUUACACAAAGGAAAAUACCAGGUAAGAAAUGACAGGACAGUGAGAGUCUGGUCUUUAACUGGGGAGACAUGCUUGCCCUUAACGAGGGAGAGAGAUUGGGAGACGGGCUUACCCUUAACGAGGGAGAGAGAUGGGGAGACGGGCUUACCCUUAACGAGGGAGAGAGAUGGGGAGACGGGCUUACCCUUAACGAGGGAGAGAGAUGGGGAGACGGGCUUACCCUUAACGAGGGAGAGAGAUGGGGAGACGGGCUUACCCUUAACGAGGGAGAGAGAUGGGGAGACGGGCUUACCCUUAACGAGGGAGAGAGAUGGGGAGACGGGCUUGCCCUUAACGAGGGAGAGAGAUGGGGAGACGGGCUUGCCCUUAACGAGGGAGAGAGAUGGGGCAGGGAAAAAGAUUGAGAGCCAGCAGGCUCGUCCUUAACCAGAAAGAGAGUCAUGGUGAAACAGAGAGAGAGAGAUGAGAAAUGGAGAGACGAAUAGAUGGCGAACAGGGAGACUUUUUUUUUUUUUGUCCAGAAAAGAGGAGACCAGGAAGUACGUAGACAAACCCUUCUGCCUCUGCUGCCAUGUGUAACAGUGCGUCACAUAGGCCCCUUGCAUAGUCAUGGUAAAAUAUCACAAUAUAAAAAACUGUUCUGUGUCCUCCCAGGGUUCCUAAGAAAGGUUUUGUGGAAGUUACGGAAUUAACGCACGUGAAUUACAUGAGUAAUCUCGUCCGGCUGCGCCCAGGACACAUGAACGUGGUCCUCAUACUGUCUGGCUCCACCAAGGCCAGCCUGCUGCAGCGCUUUGCCCAGGAAGUGUACACCUUCACAGGGUAAGUGACUGGCAGGGUUACCUGUGAUGGGAUUUUACUCCAUUUCUGCAAUGUCUGUCUCCAUCAUGCUGGGUCUCUGUUUCCUCCUCACACCAUGAAUAUCUGUAUCGGUCAUGCUGUCUCUUAGAGUGCUCAGGCAGACAGUUACCAUGUAACAUAAAACCACUGUGUCCGGAGUGAGGGGGGAGGCAUAUGUUUAGAUUGCGGUCUCUUUAGGUUGCUACAAAUGAUACACAGUCCAGUAACAGUAUCUGUUCUCUAUCUUACCUGAUGCUCAACUGCUGGGGAUCCCCUUGAAAAUGCUGUGUUACAGGCAUUCUUAGGCUGCAGUUUACCCAAAUUUUUACAUGCAUUUUGUUGAUAAUGUAGUAAAGAAAUGUAUAUAUUCUACUUUGAAAUUCAAGCAUUUGCAGCUGAUUUGUAGCUACUGCAGUUAGCUGUCCAUAGACCAGGAAGUAGCUACGUCUAUCCCUUAACUCACUGCUUGGUGGAUUAUGUGACUCAGCCCUGGAAUCCAUUAUUUUUCAUUCCAUUUCCUUUUUCAUUCAUGCAAAUAAAUCAAUCCAAGCACAGCCCAAACUCCUGGAGGUUUGUAUCGGCUUCUGUCUGCUUGCCAGUGGUUCCGUUUACGACGCAGCUAAAGGGGGUUGUGCACAUGUCUAGUUAGGAGCUUUCAAGCAUUCAUUGCUAUAGAAGUUUGACUGCCUUUGAAUUCUGUUUAGCUCAUGCCUGUCCCUGUCAUUUAAAACCCUUUAACAUUUCCCUUAAAUAGUGGGGGGGGAGGGGGGCUCUUCUUUCAGAUAAUAUCAUUUUUAUUAGUUUACUUUUUUUUUAAUUUAGUAGAUAUCUGGAAAUAAAAUAACCCCAAUGAAAAAACUGAUGUAAUUUUUCUGCAUUAUUUUUUUUUUUUUUUUUGGAGGGAUAUUUUAAGGGGGAAAAAAUCUUGCUGACCUGCUGAUUGCAUCCUCUCCAAGCCCCCCAUUCUUUUCUCCAGUCUGUGUGACUUCUGACUUGAGUAUUCCCCGGAACAAAGUUCCUCGAGUAAUAUAGAUCAUUGAGAGGGAGGUGGGUUGGCAUACACGCCACUUCCUUUAGCUCUCUGGAGGAAACCCUUCCUGACUGUCUGACAGCCUUGGCGCUCUUUCCUUUAUUUUUAUUGAAGUCAGCACUUUGACGGUCUGAAUAAGUAUUACCGUCUGUCAUUCCCUUAUUCAAAUAAAACAAUAUCGCCAGUAAUCCACAGGGUAAAAUAUCGCUGGUGUCGCAUAAUAAUCCACACAUGAGCCAAAGCUUAAUGCUGGAACAAGACUGGUUUAAUGGCAAGAAAAGGCAUUCAAUUUAUACAGCAUCAAACUCCUCCUCUGAGCCAGCAAGAUAAUUGAGUUUUGGAAACUUGCUGGCCAGAAAAAGUUUACAAUUUCACAUUUUUCAGAAAUACCAUAAACAUACAUAAAAACCCCUGGGUAGCUGAGCUUUGUGGGAUCAACAUAUUAAAAAUUCAGACAAAUCCAUUCCAUUGAUUGGAUAGUUUUCGAACUGCACCGUGUGGUAGUUUGACUGGUCUGCCUACGAGGUUAAAUCCGAAAAAAAGAGUUCCAUAGAAUUGGUAGCAAGAGUCGGUCUCUGUUCGCGUGAAUUCAUAAGAAAACUGCCGUAGAUAGAGUAAAGCUGAUUCGUGCAGAAUGCUCCCGUUGUUCAUCUGAUUUGUUGAAUGCCGUUCUACUACUGUACUGGGAAGUAGAACGUAGAGGACUUCCAUAUAGACCGGGGUUCGUGCGAGUGCCGUGCCCAAAACCGUUCCAUGCACUCGAUGACCAAGUCCCGCUGGCCGCGUUCGGGAGACAAGAUGGCCGCCGUCCAUUGUUCUCACCGCGUGCUUUCGUAUCCACGAAAUGGCGGCCACCUAGGAGCAUUAAAUUAGUCUGCAGUUUUCGUAUGGUUACACAGUGUUCUACGUUCUGAUUAGUACCCAGGGUGGUCUCUGUUCAUAAUAAAGACAAAAUUUAUAUCAAACCACACAAUGUGAAAGUGAUAAAUAUAUACAAAAAUACAACCUGAACUUGACAAUAUAAUCAGGUGAUAUCUAAAAGUAUAAGAUAAAAUACAACAUUAGUGUAAUCUGUAUUAAGAAAGUUUAAAGUAGGGCAGAGCAGACUGUCACUCACAUUUGGCAGAGCCAUCCCAGGCUCUGUAUAGCAAGCCCAAGGGUGCCAAUACAGGCUAACUAGAAUCCCAAAGAGUAGAUGUAGAAAUUUUCAAGAAAAAGUAUGGAUUUAUUGAAAAUAAAAAAUUCCAAAACUCAAGGUACUAGGGGAGUGGAAUCCAAAAAAUACAAACAAAAGGAUAUCCACUUACCCCAAAUAUAAUGACCAAGAGCAGACAAAUGAGAUAAUAACAGGCUAAAAUAAAAUACAGCUGUAUAAUAAAAGAAUAGCCGCAGACGCGUUUCGGCUCAGAAGCCUUCUUCAAUUGCUAAUAUUGUGAUCUUCGGAGCUUGUUUAAAUACACUGUAUGAUUACAGUCACAUGUGCGUAGUCUCCGUUUGAUUUCGUCACUUCCAGUAUUUUCGGAUGACGUCCCUUCCGGUUACCGGCAUUUGGAACGCAUGGUGGAACACAAACAUAACCAUGCCGUUUUAUACCGCCGGAUGAAAAGUUCAUAAUAUGUAAAAUAUGGGUACAGAACAGCCAGGACAAUAAAUAUUAGAAAAAGGAAUAAUUAACUAAUUGAAUUAGUACAUUGAAUGUAUACAUAAAGGUAUAUGAGGAAAAAAGAACGUAUAAAAAAAAGGGAAGUAAUACAAAUAUAAUAAAGGUGAUAAGAGUUGGCAUAAUUAGAAAGUAAUAAAAACAAUAAAAACAUUUGGUAAGAAAUAUAAUUUUAAAGAAAUUUCCUAUAUAUUCUUUAAAAUAAGCCAUACAAAAUAUAUAAAAAAGAUUUAUAAAAAUUAUAUAGUAUAAAAUAUGAUAACACAUAUAAACUAUAUAUUAUUAAUCUAAAAAUUGGCUGAAUUCGAAAUCUAAAUUAAGUCCAUUAGGGGAUAAUGAAUCUACUUCAAAAAUCCAUUUAAUUUCUAUCUUAGCCAACUCUUUAACAUUGUUUUCACCUCUCCAAUUUUUUUCUUUUUUAAAAAUAGCCAUGAAAGAUAAUACAGAUGGAUCACUUCUAUGUUUUUCGGCAAAAUGUGCUGACACACUAUGUUUAAAGGACCACUAUAGUGCCAGGAAAACAUACUCGUUUUCCUGGCACUAUAGUGCCCUGAGGGUGCCCCCACCCUCAGGGACCCCCUCCCGCCUGGCUCUGGAAGGGGAAAGGGGGUUAAACUUACCUUUUUCCAGCGCUGGGCAGAGAGCUCUCCUCCUCCGUCCCUCCUCCUGGGCUGAAUGCGCACGCGCGGCAAGAGCUGCGCGCGCAUUCAGCCGGUCGCAUAGGAAAGCAUUUACAAUGCUUUCCUAUGGACGCUUACGUGCUCGCACUGUGAAAAUCACAGUGAGAAGCACGCAAGCGCCUCUAGUGGCUGUCAAUGAGACAGCCACUAGAGGCUUUGGGGGAAGGCUUAACCCAUUCAUAAACAUAGCAGUUUCUCUGAAACUGCUAUGUUUAUAAAAAAAUGGGUUAACCCUAGAAGGACCUGGCACCCAGACCACUUCAUUAAGCUGAAAUGGUCUGGGUGCCUAGAAUGGUCCUUUAAGAUAUCCCCUCUGGAUAUUGCCCAUGUGCUCCGCAAUUCUUGUUUUUAAAGCUCUAGUAGUCAUUCCAAUAUACUGCAGACCACACAGGCACUAGAGGAGAUAUAUAACAUUAGUCGAUUGACAAGUUAAAACCUGGCAGAUAGAAAAAAGACGAUGGUUAUGACAGGAAAUAAGAGGUGAUAUUUUUGUUUUUUAAAAAGAGUUUUCUUACACGCCACACAAGAUUUACAAGGAUAAAAACCUUGUUCUAAAUGAAAUUUUUUUUUUUUUUCUUUUUAUCUUUAAUAAAGCUAGUGGUUAAAUGUUGCUUUAAAUUUUUUGCACCUCUAUAUAUUAUAGUCGGUUUUUCUCCUAUAAUAUUCUUAAGGACUGGAUCUGAUCUAAGAAUAUGCCAGUAUUUAUUAAUAAUAUGUUUAACUUGCUUAGCGUUUUCAUUGUAAUUUAAAACAAUGGGAACAGUCAAAGACAUUUCGUUCUUUUUUUAUUAUAGAUUUCUUUUUUGGGUUUUAAAAUUUCUUUAUGUUCUUUAUCUUUAGUUUUCUUGAUUUAAAAAAAAAAAAAAAAUCUAAAGAUUUGGAAUCAUUUUUCUCCACUAACCUAGUUUUUAAAAAUUGUGCUUGUUCCUCAAAUAUUUUUGUGUCGCUACAAUUUUUAUACAUUCGCAAAAAUUGGCUGUUUGGCAUAUUAUGUAGCCAUGGGCCAUAGUGACAACUGGAUGUAUCAAUGUAUCCAUUGACAUCAACUUUUUUGAAAAAUGUUUUAGUGUGAAUAGCCUGGUUUUCAAUGUAUAUAAAUAAAUCCAGAAAGCUGGUGCCAGUAGUACUAUGUUCACUGGUGAUACGUAUAUCAGAAUUGUUUUCAUUAAGAAAAUCAACAAAAAGUUGAAGAGAUUUCUCAUCUCCUUGCCAGAUGAAAAAAAUAUCAUCUAUGUACCUGCGAUAGAGGACCAGAUUAUGCGCCCUUCGUUCCUCGGAGAGAAAAAGAUUUUCCCACCGUGCCAUAAAAAGGUUGGCAUAGCUGGGCACAAAUCUGGUCCCCAUCGUGGUACCUUUAAGUUGUAAAAAAAAUUUACUAUCAAACCAGAAAUAGUUAUGAUGAAGGAUAAGUGUGAUACUAUCCAUAAUGAAAGUAAUUUGUUCUUCAUGCAUGUCACUUUGAUGUCUUAAAAAAUACUCUACCGCUUCACAACCCAAUGUGUGUGAUAUACAUGUAUAUAGGCUUGUGACAUCACAGGUAACUAAGAAGUAAUUUUUCUUCCAUUGUAUAUCCAUUAGUAAUAUAAGUAAAGAUGAGGAAUCUUUUAAAUACGAUGGUUGUGAAAUUACUAAAGGUCUCAGUUUGGUAAAACAAAUGAUUUACCGAACAACGAAAAAUAAAAGGAAUAACUAAGGGAAUUAAGUAGCAGGGAGUGGAAAUAGCCGAACGGUUACUGGGAAAUCCUUCACAAGCAUUUUCUAUAAACUUUCACAAAUAAGACCGUCCCCAGACACCUAAAUAUAAUAACUAGAAUUGGGGUCACCUUCAGUCUAUUGUAUCCGUUUAAGCCGCUCUGUCUCUACUCCCCCAGUCCAUUCAGCAAGUAUCUGGAAUAGCCAAAGUAAGCAACGGGUAUCUCUCCAACUGUUAUAAUCAUGUCUCCCAUGAACCUUUUCUGUAACCUAGAGUUGCAGGUUUUUUAACAUGUGUGCCCGGUGAUCCCUAAUUCUGCAUUCUUCCUUUGUGUUUCAGGAGCAGCUCGCUUCACUUUUCCUUCCUUAAUCUGGACAAGCACCGGGAGUGGCUGGAGUACCUGCUGGAGUUUGCGCAGGAUGCAGCUCCCAUUGCGUACCAGUACGAUGAACAUUUCCUGGAGAGAGAUUACACUGGAUACGUGCUGGCAUUAAACGGGCACAAGAAAUACUUUUGUCUCUUUAAAGCCCAGUCAACCCUUGAAGAGGAGAAGCUCUCAGAGGAGUCAGAACUUUCCCCUCUCUCGGGGGACACACUGAGAAAGAUCUCACUGGGCUCUGGAGCGGGCCACAUCAAAAAGAAACUUAACAAGUUAUCGUUGUGGAUGGAGCGGCUGUUAGAAGGAUCUUUACAAAGGUUCUAUAUUCCCUCCUGGCCCGUGCUUGACUGAGACUUUUAAAGGGGCAUCACGUCCCAUCAAACUGUGAACAUGUAGAGGUCUGUCCUGCCAGGGGGAUUUGUGUGCUUUAAAUGGUUUUCCCAGGAUUUAUCGAGAACAAAGACUGAUUUUUCUGGGGAUCAGUUUGUUAUGCAAAGAGAGGAUUGCGGCAUUAUCUGCGCUACAUCCUGCCUGCUCCAUCAAAGACUCCAUUGCUGUCUCCCGGGACAUCUCAUGUGCUGCUCAGUCCAAUCCUCACCCAUGCUUUCUUAAAGCUAAAGCUUGUCCAUCCUGGCAUGGGAGCUCUGUCCUUUCUUACAGGAGAGCCUGGGUGAAAACACUAGGUAUAGGACACCAUUGCUAAACUUACAAGAAUAGUCUAAUUUAUAGAACCUUAUUAUUUCAGAUAUAAAAAGUCUAUGACUUUGCUUAUGUGUAAUAUUCUGUUUUUUAUUGCCAUCUGGCUGGGUCGACCUUGCAAUGCACUAAGAAUGAGGAGCUAGCCACCUUACUAGUCGUUAAAAGUAGCCAGACUCUUGCAGUGAACAAGAGGCAAAUGUUAAAUGCAGCAGAUCAGGGAGUGCUGACCAUCAACCUUUUAAUGCAGAAUAUGUACAUUUAGAAAAUCCACGUACAAUCACCUGGGAAUAGAGUCUGCUUGGUAUCUAUUUAAAAUUUUUUAUUUAAAUACCUCUCAUAGAAAGUUGCAAAUCUAAUGUGCAGCGCCACCUGCUAGGACUUACAUGCAACAUCACCACACUGCCGCUGCCUUUGAUUCUUUGUAUCAAGGAAUAUUAUUUUACACAUGUUCGCUUUAUAUCUGUUUGUUGUCUUGUCCUCACUCCACUGUUGGUACUGCAAAUACAUCAGACCUCCUGGGAAGUAGUUGCCGCUUUGGCUUUAUAAGAUAUAUUCUGAAGUCCAGCCAUGGAAUGUAAAGAUUGAGGGGAAAUAUGUAAAUCCCAGCUAAUAUUUAACUAUUCAUCUGCUGCAGCACAACAAAACAUAUUGUCUCCCCCUCAUUUAACCUUUUAAGAACCGGGAAAUAUGUCAGAACAGGGAAAGUCAAAUAUUUAUCAUGAAAUGUCUGGUAUGUCGUUGGUCCUUAGAGGGUUAAUGACUAUGACCCUAACUGGCCAGAAUGAGUUUAAUCUUAAAUGACAAAGUUUUUAGCACACUUUUAUCUCAGCCAUUACAUUGAAUACAUACGAUGAGAAACUACAAUGCAUAGGAGCUUAUAAACCAAGCCAAACUCAUUAUUUAGAGAAUACGUCCCUUAGAUAUUUCCUUUUCAUUGCUGAAGACCCCUCCUUACAAUAUUCUUAAUAAAUUUGCAUAUAUAAAAUGUAUAUGUAAAAUGCCAGCCUUUUUUGAGAUUCACUGCUGUAAAUUGUAAUUGUUCAGUAAUUUCUCACUAUACAAGUAAAUCUCAGAUCUUUUUAAAUACUUGAUUAUAAAAUGUCAAAUCUACUUUCUUCCUGUCUCUUCCCAUUCUUUUCUUGUAUAAAUGGUUGUCAGAAUGAAAGAGCAAAAUUUGUAACUACAACAAGCCCUCUGCUGGUAAAAGGCGCACAAUGGUGCAGAGCUGGGCAAGAACUAGCGUUCAAAUCUUCUACAGAAAACAUUUCAUUUAUCUGUUUGUAACCAUGCAAUGUUAUGUUCAGCUGUUUGUGUUCCCGUUAAGAUCUGUUUCAGCUGACAUUAAUACAAAUGACUGUCCUGUGGAAUGUAAGUGGCCGGGUUCACAUUACAGCGUAGAACCCUGAAGCCGUAUAGAGUGUUUGAUUCUCGCCGGUGUCACAAUCUUUCUGGCAUUGAAAGGGGUUCACCUCCCACACGUCAAAUACGAAUUGUUAUUUUAGGAAUAACCUUGAUGACUGCUUACAUUAAAUCCGGCAACGCGACAGAACCGUUUUGCACUUUUUUUUUUUUUUUUAGGAAAAAAUUAUUUAUUUUAUCUAGUUUUUUUUUUUAAUUAUUUAACUUAACGAUUGUCAUUUGUAUAUUUUUGUUUGUUUUAAAAAAAUGACUGCAUCAGAAACCUAAAUAAACUAUUU